AUGACAGCUGGACCAACAACUCAACAACCUUGUUCAGGAUUUGAAGCAGGUUCUAUAGUCGCAACAUAUCAAUCCGGCCAACUUAUUCCUAUAACAUGGAAAAUUUUUACAGCACAUCAGGGCAACUGCAGUGUUCAACUCUCGACAAAUGGCAAAGAUUCAGAAUUUCAAGAAUUAAAAUCAUAUUCGAAUUGCGCAGAUGAAAUUGGAACGUUUAAUGAUAAUGUGCAGUUACCAACUGGAGUAACGUGCGAAAAAUGUACACUUAGGUGGGUGUGGAAUUCGGCAUUAAAUGGAGAAUUGUAUUUACAGUGUUCUGAUAUUAAGAUUGGAGGCGAAAAUAAUACCGUGUCACCAGCAACUACAACAUUACCAAUUUCGAAAACUAUAUCAAACAUUUCGAAGAUCACAAUGACAUCUACAACCAAAUCUCCAGCAUACACUUCUUCAAUUGCCACACCUACAAAAAUUUAUAGAUCAUAUACGCGUAGUUCAAAAAAUUAUAGGCCAUAUACAACAGCAGUGCAUCGUUCAAAAAAGCAAU